CUACCGCACAUGGUCUGCUAGAUUUGAAAGGGCAUUUGAGAUUUGGAGAGGCAUGGGCAUGUCACUGCAAGGAGUUCGCACCUGUGGAGAUUAUAUGUUUAGUGGACACACUGUGUGGCUGACGCUGUUUAAUUUCUUCAUUACUGAAUAUACUCCAAGGAACUUUGUGUAUCUUCACACAUUCACUUGGGUACUCAAUCUGUUUGGACUUUUCUUUAUUUUAGCUGCUCAUGAACACUACUCUAUUGAUGUGUUCUUUGCCUUUUAUAUUGCUUCAAGGCUGUUCCUUUAUUACCAUACUCUUGCCAACAAUGCCAACGUAAUGCGUCAUGACAGAAAGAGGGCCAAGGCUUGGUUCCCACUUUUCUUUUUCUUUGAGUCAAAGGUUGAUGGUGUCAUUCCAAAUGAUUAUGAAUGGCCAUUUUCUUGGCCGAAGUUCUUAAGAGAGGCAUUCGCUAAGAAAAAAUAUAAACAGAAACUGCAUUUGAAAUAGUCUCUUAUGUGCUACAUGUACUGUGGUAAAAAACAUUUUACA